CACAUGGAGGGGGGGAUGUCAAAACAACCCAAGUGCAGUGUGGAGGUGGGGAGUGGCCCAGUCAAAUGGGGAAACCCUGGGCUGGUUCUGAAGGCUCCUUGUUGCUGUCUGAUCUUGCCUUUUCCAAAAGUGGCAGCUUCAGGUACGGAUAUUGCUGCAGGAGAAGAGGUUGCCAUCAAGCUUGAAUGUGUCAAAACCAAACACCCUCAGCUCCACAUUGAGAGCAAAAUCUACAAAAUGAUGCAAGGAGGAGUGGGCAUCCCUACCAUCAGAUGGUGUGGGGCCGAGGGGGACUACAACGUCAUGGUGAUGGAGCUGCUGGGGCCCAGCCUGGAGGACCUCUUCAAUUUCUGCUCCAGGAAGUUCAGUCUCAAAACUGUUCUGCUGCUUGCUGACCAAAUGAUUAGUCGUAUUGAGUACAUUCAUUCAAAGAACUUCAUCCAUCGAGAUGUGAAGCCAGAUAACUUCCUCAUGGGCCUGGGGAAAAAGGGCAACCUGGUCUACAUCAUUGACUUUGGGCUGGCCAAGAAGUACCGGGAUGCGAGGACCCACCAGCACAUUCCGUACCGAGAGAACAAGAACCUCACUGGGACGGCGCGGUACGCCUCCAUCAACACACACCUCGGAAUCGAACAAUCUCGAAGGGACGACCUGGAGUCUCUGGGGUACGUGCUGAUGUACUUCAACCUGGGCUCUCUCCCCUGGCAGGGGCUGAAGGCCGCCACCAAGAGGCAGAAGUAUGAGAGGAUCAGUGAGAAGAAGAUGUCUACUCCCAUCGAAGUGCUGUGCAAAGGCUAUCCCUCUGAGUUUGCCACGUACCUGAACUUUUGCCGCUCCUUGCGCUUUGAUGACAAGCCCGACUACUCCUACCUGAGGCAGCUCUUCAGAAACUUGUUCCACCGCCAGGGCUUCUCCUACGACUAUGUGUUCGACUGGAACAUGCUCAAGUUUGGUGCCAGCCGGGCUGCAGAUGAUGCUGAACGGGAACGCCGGGACCGAGAGGAGCGAUUGAGACACUCCCGGAAUCCAGCCACCCGUGGCCUCCCUUCCACAGCCUCUGGCCGCCUGCGGGGGACCCAGGAAGUGGCUCCCCCAACACCCCUGACCCCUACCUCACACACGGCCAACACCUCUCCUCGGCCUGUCUCUGGCAUGGAACGGGAGCGGAAAGUGAGCAUGCGGCUGCACCGAGGGGCCCCAGUCAACGUCUCCUCGUCAGAUCUCACGGGCCGACAAGAUACCUCUCGCAUGUCCACCUCACAGAAUAGCAUUCCUUUCGAACACCACGGCAAGUAGCUGCUCGUCUCCGCGGAAGGCAGCACUGGAUUCCUGGUCGGGUGGCUUCCAGCGGUCUUCAGUCUGUCGUGCACCGAUGAGACUCUCCUUUUUGCUGUGAAGGGCAGACAAUGCAUGGCUGAUCUACUCUGUUACCAAUGGCUUUACUAGUGACACGCCCCCCGGUCUAGACCCGAAAUGUUAACGCCGGGAGCCCUCCAGGCCACUCACCCAGCGAUGCUCAUGGGGAAUCAAAACAAACUAAACGGACAGGCUCUGAGAGCCGCCAUCGCCAGGGGCUGCCGGCGUGGCCCCCACGUGAGCCCGGUUUCCACGGGGCUGGGCAGAAGAGCAGAGUGUGGGAGACUUGCAUAGAGAACCCAACUCCCUGUCAAGAGCCGCAGCUCCUUCCAGUGGUGGCGAACCUGUGCUCCCUGACGAUCCCACUGCAACUACCAGUCUUCUACUUGGUUAAGACAGUUUUGUAUCAUUUUGCUAAAAAUUACUGGCUUAAAUCUGUGUAAAGAAAUCCGUCUUUUUAUUGUUUCUUUCUUGUCUUUUGCGGUCUUAAAAAAGAUGUUGAUUUCAAAGACUCCUGAGACAGGCCCUGGCUGGAGCGUCUGUGUGAGAUGGAGGCAGAAGAGGGGCGCACGUGAAGGACAAGGAUGUGUGUUCUGUUUGUUUGUUUUCUCGUGUUGUGUUGUCCGUUGAGAGAAAAAUCUCGUCCGAAGUUGUGGUUGUAUGCGCCUGUGUGCCUCGGACCCACCAGCCACCCCCCACUGCAGGCUGAGGUGCCUGGUCGAAUGCAGGUUAGGCUCAGGCUGCCGCGGAGAAGGGAGUGAGGCCUUGGGGGUCAGAGCUCUGCGGUGCCCAGGCAGAGGCCUGGGGAGUUCCGAGACUCAAAGCUGGGUGUGCGUUCCUGGUUUUCUGGGGGGAGAGGACUGUGAGUCGGCCACCCCGAGGUCCUGUUGGGGGUCCCGUGUGGUCACUUUGGUGGUGGUUCCUCUCUACCUUUGACUUUGCGAAGUUUCUGAACAGCUUACACACUGCUGCGCACAUGGUCACCGCCAUCGCCUCUGCUGGAAGCUAGGGAGCAGGCUGUCCUCACAGACUCAGGGUGUGCUGAAGGGAACCCGCCCUAAAGCGCCAAGUCGGGUGCCUGUCCAGCUGCACCGAGAAUCUUCGCCUCCAGAAAGGUGGCACCACCUACUUCAUGACCUUGAGCUGGACGUCUGUGAGGAGGCAGCCCCUGUGAGCCAGUCCAGUCUCUUCCUGUCCUGUCCUGUGCUGUGGGCACUGGCUGCUCUGCUGAUGCAGCUAGAAUUUAAGAUGCUCUUCCCUGCUGAGAUUCUGUGCUGUCAUACACAGAUGGUAGAGACAGCAGUGGUUCUGGGGGCUCCCAUCUGGGAAAUGGGGUGCGGUAUACAUGUGCAUGGGUCCGUUUCCAUUUCUUCUGCCAGCCUGUGGAGUGAGUGCUACUGGUAGCCGGCACCCUUGGUGGGGCCUGACAGCGCCACUGUGGCUGCCCCUCCUUCCCCAGAGCUCCCUGGCACAGCACCGCAGUGGGCUGCUGGUGUGCCGUGGUGUCCCCGCGCACAGUGGCGCUGUCCAGUGGGCCGGCCAUCUUCCUAAGCCUGUGAGUGCUGCUUCCUGAAUCCUGAACUGGGUACUCUGUUAGCAUUUUGGAGUGUGGGGCCUUGACUGGGUGGGCUGCAUUUCUGGGAGUGCUGAGGGAGUUUGGGACGGGUCAUGGUGAGUGUGAGGUUUUCGUGGUGGCGAACCCCUUCAUUAGAGUUGGGCCUUGGCCUGUCAGCAGCCGUCCCGUGUGGCAAGUACCCUUUGUCAAUACCCAUGGUCCCAACAGGGUUCCAGAAGGCUGGUGGCAGGCAGCCUCCGACCCUGCACCAGGCCUGGCCUGGGACUGCUGGCUUGCACUGGGAACAGACCCGUCCUGAUCCCUCGGGUGUGGCUGUUGCAGUUCUCGGCCAGUAUGUAACCCCGUCAUCACUGGCAGGCAGCGUAGUUGAGUGUGUAUCAUCCUGUGUCUUGUGACCAGUCUCUGAGCUGUGCAUUUGUACUACCACUGUAUUUGUGUACUUUAACAAUUAUGUAAAUAAUAAAUUCAUAAUGACUUCUACCUUUGUUCCCA